AUGUUGGGCAAUACUGUGGACGGCGAUGCUCUUCGCCGGACAGAAUCGUCCAUGCAACAACAACACCCUCCCCAAGAUGAGCAUCGACGAAACGAAGCAGGCAGUGAUGCCUCCUCAUCAGACGUCGCCCCCGAAGGAAAAUGGGGUGAGCGCAACCAGGACGACGUCCACGAGCAGGAAGCCAUGCACGAGUUUGAGUCUCUUCGACACAAUCUCAUGAGCCUGCACAAGACGAGAACUGGCGAAUCACACGUCAGCAAGGCACACACGACAAAGAGCAGAACAAGCCAUGCCGCUUCUCGCAUUCAGUCAAGACGACAGCAGCAGGCUGAGGAUGACGACUCUGUAACCGACGUUGAAGCCGGUCCCAAUGACGAUGUCGGCUUUGAGCUUGGAGAGUUUAUGCGCGAGGGACACUUCGAGAAGCGCAGUGAAGAGGGUUCCCUCAAGCGUGUUGGAGUCGUCUACGAGAACCUCACCGUCAAGGGCAUCGGGAGCACCACCUCGUUUGUCCGGACCGUACCCGAUGCCAUCCUCGGUACCUUUGGCCCUGAUCUCUACCGUCUGGUUUCCCAGUUCAUCCCUGCCUUUCGAUUUGGAAAGCCUCCCACCCGGACGUUGAUCAACGACUUUACCGGCUGUGUUCGAGAUGGCGAGAUGAUGCUCGUUCUGGGUCGUCCCGGUGCUGGAUGCAGUACCUUUUUGAAAGCCAUCAGCAACAACCGCGAGUCGUUUGCGGCUGUCGAAGGAGACGUCUCCUACAGUGGUAUCCCUGCGGAGGAGCAGAAGAAGCUGUAUCGAGGAGAGGUCAACUACAACGGCGAAGACGACAUCCACUUUGCUACCCUCAGCGUUUGGAAGACCCUCGCCUUUGCCCUCAUGAACAAGACCAAGAGGAAGGAAAAGGCAGACAUUCCCGUCAUCGUCGACGCCCUCAUGAAGAUGUUUGGAAUCAGCCACACCAAGAACACCAUCGUUGGUGAUGAUUUCACCCGUGGUGUCUCUGGUGGUGAGCGGAAGCGAGUCUCUAUCGCAGAGACUCUCGCCUCCAAGUCGACCGUCAUGGCUUGGGACAACUCGACUCGAGGUCUCGAUGCUUCGACUGCCCUCGAUUACGCACGAUCCCUUCGAAUCAUGACCGAUAUCAGCAACCGAACGACUCUGGUCACUCUGUAUCAGGCUGGUGAAGGUAUCUACGAGCUCAUGGACAAAGUCUUGGUCAUCGACCAGGGACGACAGAUCUUCUCGGGCCCCGCCAAAAAGGCCAAGCAGUACUUUAUCGACCUCGGCUUCGAGUGCCCUGAGCGCCAGACCACGGCCGAUUUCUUGACUGCCGUCACAGACCCCACUGAGCGCCGCUUCCGCCCCGGCUUCGAGCACCGAGCCCCCCGGACCCCCGAGGAGCUCGAGUCGGCUUUCCGAAACUCGCCCAACUACCAGGAGCUCCUCGCCGACGUUGCUGCCUAUAAGGAGUCCCUUCAUCAGUCUGACUAUCAGGAUGCCAAGAGGUUCCAGGGUGCUGUGCAGGAGGCCAAGUCCAAGCACGUCUCGGACAAGUCGCCCUACACCAUCUCUUUCAUCCGACAGGUUAUUGCUUGUACCCAGCGAGAGGCUUGGCUUCUAUUUGGCGAUACGACUACUCUCUGGACAAAGCUCUUCAUCAUCAUCUCCAACGGUCUGAUCGUGGGUUCUCUGUUUUACGGACAGCCCACCAACACUGCUGGUGCUUUCAGUCGUGGCGGUACCCUCUUCUUCUCGAUUCUCUUCCUCGGUUGGCUCCAGCUGUCUGAACUCAUGAAGGCCGUGUCUGGACGCUCAGUAGUUGCCCGUCACCAUGACUACGCCUUCUACCGCCCAUCCGCCGUCUCUCUCGCCCGAGUUGUCCUCGAUUUCCCCGUCAUCUUCGUCCAGGUCUGCAUCUUUGGCAUCAUCAUGUACUUCAUGACGGGCCUCGACGUGGACGCCUCCAAGUUCUGGAUCUACCUGCUCUUUGUGUACACCACCACCAUCAUGGUCACGGCCCUGUACCGCAUGUUUGCGAGCUUGUCGCCCGAGAUCAACACUGCCGUGCGAUUCUCUGGUAUCUCGCUCAACCUGCUCAUCAUCUACACCGGAUACGUCAUCCCCAAGACUCAGCUUCUGAAGGACUACAUCUGGUUUGGCUGGAUAUACUGGAUCAACCCUCUCAGCUACAGUUUUGAGGCUGUCAUGGCCAACGAGCUGUCAGACCGUCUCAUGGACUGUGCCCCUGAGCAGCUUGUGCCUCAGGGACCUGGAGUCCAGUCAAGGUAUCAAGGUUGUGCUAUCAGCGGAGCGGGAGUCAAUGAGCGACAGGUGACAGGCAGUGACUAUUUGGAGAUCACAUACAACUACACUCGCGGACACCUGUGGCGCAACUUUGGUGUUGUCAUUGCCUUUGCCGUCCUCUACAUCCUCGUCACCGUCAUCGCCACUGAGAUGGUAAGCUUUGCUGCUGGAGGUGGUGGUGCUCUGAUCUUCAAGAAGAGCCGCAAGGCAAAGGACCAGGCCGUCAAGGCCGCUGCCCCUGCUGAUGCCGAGAAGGCCAUGGAGGCUGGUGGUUCGUCUUCUACCGUCUUGGCUGAUUCCACUGCCGCCGAUGCCUCGGAUGAGCCCCUGGAGCAAAUCACCGACAGCGAGUCCAUCUUCACCUGGCGCGAUAUCGAGUACAGUGUCCCCUACAUGGGAGGAGAGAGGAAGCUACUCAACAAGGUCAGCGGAUACGCCAAGCCAGGUGUCAUGGUUGCUCUCAUGGGUGCUUCAGGCGCCGGAAAGACAACUCUUCUCAACACUCUUUCACAGCGCCAGACCGUUGGUGUCGUCACUGGAGAGAUGUUUGUUGACGGCCGACCUCUGACCGCAGAUUUCCAGAGGAAUACUGGUUUCUGCCUUCAGGGUGAUAUUCACGACACUACGCAAACUGUCCGUGAGGCCAUCGAGUUCUCCGCCAUCCUGCGCCAGAGUGCCUCUGUCCCCCGUGCUGAGAAGAUUGCUUAUGUUGACAAGAUCAUUGAUCUCCUCGAGCUCAAUGACCUUGAGGAUGCCAUCAUCAUGUCUCUUGGUGUUGAGCAGCGAAAGCGAUUGACCAUUGGUGUCGAGCUUGCGGCUAAGCCAUCCCUUCUUCUGUUCCUCGACGAGCCUACCUCUGGUCUUGACUCUCAGUCUGCCUACUCCAUCGUUCGCUUCCUCAAGAAGCUCAGCCGCGCUGGUCAGGCCAUCAUCUGCACCAUUCACCAGCCUAGCUCCGUCCUCAUCCAGCAGUUCGACAUGGUCCUCGCCCUGAACCCUGGUGGUAACACCUUCUACUUUGGUCCCAUGGGAGAGAAUGGUCAGGACAUCAUCAAUUACUUCGCUGAGCGUGGAGCUGUCUGCCCUCCCAAUAAGAACAUUGCCGAGUUCAUCCUUGAGACUGCUGCCCGGCCUCACAAGCGACCUGAUGGCACCAAGGUUGACUGGAACCAGGAAUGGGCCCAGAGCGUUGAAGCCGAGCGAGUUCUUGAGGAGAUUGAUGGUCUAAAGCGGGUUAGAAGCUCUGCUACUGAAGGAAGACAGUCUAGUGAUGGAGAGCACGCCGAGUUCGCCGCUUCGACUUGGCUUCAGUCAGUCGAGUUGACCAAGCGUAUGUUCAAGCAGCACUGGCGUGACCCCUCCUACAUCUACGGCAAGUUCUUCGUCGCUGUCAUUGUCGGUAUCUUCAACGGUUUCACCUUCUGGAAGCUCGGCUACACGAUGCAGGACAUGCAGAACCGCAUGUUCACCUGCUUCCUUAUCGUCACUGUGCCUCCCACCAUCGUCAACGGUGUGGUGCCCAAGUUCUUCACCAACAUGGCUCUAUGGCAGGCCCGAGAGUAUCCCUCUCGAAUCUACGGAUGGGUCGCUUUCUGCACUGCCAACAUUGUUGCUGAUAUCCCUGCUGCCGUCAUCUCGGCUGUGCUAUACUGGGUGCUUUGGUACUGGCCAACUGGACUGCCCACUGAGAGCUCCGUCUCGGGAUACACCUUCUUGAUGACGCUUCUCAUGUUCUUCUUCAUGACCAGCUGGGGUCAAUGGAUCUGUGCAUUCGCCCCCAGCUUCACUGUCAUCUCCAACGUCUUGCCCUUCUUCUUCGUCAUGUUCAGUUUGUUCAACGGAGUCGUCCGUCCCUACUCGAUGCUUCCCGUGUUCUGGAGGUACUGGAUGUACUACGUGAACCCCUCGACUUACUGGAUCGGCGGCAUGCUUGCAGCCACUCUCGAUGGUGCUCCCGUUAGGUGUGCCCCUGAGGAGACGGCCAAGUUUGAUGCUCCCCCGAACCAGACAUGUCAAGACUACGCAGGGGCUUUUGCCAAGUCUGCUGGAGGUUAUCUCCUCAACCCCGAUGAUACUAGUGGUUGCCAGUACUGUCCCUACAGCUCUGGUAACCAGUAUCUCGAGUCGCUCAACAUUGAUGCGAGCGACAAGUGGAGAGACUUUGGCAUCUUCCUUGCCUUCUGUAUCUCCAACUGGAUGCUGGUGUACUUCUUCAUCUACACCGUCCGCGUCCGCGGCUGGGGCUUUGGCCUUGGCUAUGUAUUUGGUGGACUGGGCAAGCUGGUGGAUCUGAUCAAGAAGCCAUUCCAGAAGAAGAAUGAGUAG